CCCUCUCUCUCUUCCCUCUAAAUUCUUUUGCUUUAGCUCUUGCCUGCAUCUUGAGCCUCAAGAUAGUAAGCCUUCCUUGUCACCUUAGCGUUUUCGUCGUUCGAACCUCUCCUUUCGACACGGUUGUCGCUUGCUCCGCCAGCUCCGAAACCAACCCGAGCAUAUUCUCCCCCUCCCUAAAAGUCAAACCGCGCCUCGGGCAAUAUACCUUAAUCGAACAAGAAAAUGGCCGAGGGAAAGAGAACAGACGACUAUACAAUUGAGAUGGACAAGUUGGAUCAGAGCAAUAAGGCUUUCGAGGCGCCCCCGCCGCCUCAGCCAAGGAGCGUCUCGUCCAGCUCUAUGCAGAACAACCCGUUCUUGCCAGUAUUAGCCUACUGUGGUUCAUCCAUCUUGAUGACUGUGAUGAACAAAUAUGUUCUCUCUGGCACAGACUUCAAUCUGAAUUUCUUUCUUCUCUGUAUCCAGUCCGUCGUUUGUAUCGUCGCAAUUCAAACUUGCAAGGCCUGUGGUCUAAUCACAUACCGUGACUUUAGUGCGGACGAGGCCCGGAAGUGGUUCCCAAUCACCUUGUUGUUGAUCGGUAUGAUCUACACUGGCUCUAAGGCUCUCCAGUUCCUCUCGAUUCCAGUGUACACUAUCUUCAAGAAUUUGACCAUCAUCCUUAUCGCCUAUGGUGAGGUCUUGUGGUUCGGUGGUUCUGUCACUGGGCUCACCCUAUUUUCCUUCGGCUUGAUGGUUCUGAGCUCCAUCAUUGCCGCGUGGGCCGACAUCAAACACGCUGUCGAGAGCAGCUCUGAUGCGACUGCCAAGGUCUCGACCCUGAACGCUGGAUACAUAUGGAUGUUAAUCAACUGCCUCUGCACUUCGUCCUAUGUCCUCGGUAUGCGCAAACGGAUCAAGCUAACCAACUUCAAGGACUUCGAUACUAUGUUCUAUAACAACCUCCUCUCCAUUCCUGUUUUGAUCGUGCUUUCCGGCUUGCUGGAGGAUUGGUCAUCCACGAACGUCAACCUCAACUUUCCUCCUGUCGACCGUAACAGUAUCAUCUUCGCUAUGAUCCUUUCAGGCUUGUCUUCUGUGUUCAUCUCCUAUACUUCUGCGUGGUGCGUUCGUGUGACGUCCUCGACAACGUACUCCAUGGUCGGAGCCCUCAACAAACUGCCCAUUGCGAUCUCCGGGUUGAUCUUCUUUGAUGCACCAGUCACCUUUCCUAGUGUUUCGGCCAUUGUCGUGGGCUUUGUCAGUGGUAUCGUCUAUGCUAUUGCCAAGAUUAAGCAGAAUGCCAAGCCAAAAACGGGUGUCCUACCCACAGCCAACCCUCCCGUCAGCGCUAGCAGCCAGAGCAUGAGAGACUCUUUGCGGUCUUGAACGGGCCUUCACCUGUUAGUGGAAGCCGAAAUGGGCUGGGUUUUACUAGGAUGGAUUGAACAAGCUGACCGCUAGCCUUGGUUUUCUCGUGUCACACUUUCAGUGUAGCGUGUACAAAU